GUUAAUUUAGCUGGCUAACUAGCGUGCUAUAUUUGAUAUAGUGUUGUUAUUUAAUUAAUGUGAUGUCACUCGUCGUGGCGAAUGCUGUAUCUUCACAAAUUCUAUGAGCUUGAUGUGAUUAGUGGCGCUCGGUGGGCGCUACCGGUUUUACCGUUUGAGGACGUCACAGAGUUCGGAUGUGUUGUGUAGCAAUGGCGGCGGAGUAGCUAGUGUUCCGCUAGCAAGGCAGCUUAGCAGGAAGACAGGCCAUGUUUGUUUGGCGCAGCUAAAAAUGGGCUAGGACUAUAGCAUGAUACGCGCAGCUUAUAACAACACUGUGCUCGUGUCAAACGAUUUAGGCGAUUUCUGAAUAGCGUACAGACACAAAAGACGUUAUGAACAUGGCAGGGCUGAUCCUGACUCGAGAACUGACUGAGCCUGCAGCGGGCAGCCUUUCAAGUUUCUUUGCGGGAAAGCGGGGCUCGUAGAGCAACGCUAAGUUUCACUUAACCGGGAAAACGGAAGUCGUCAGGCUGGAGUGCGUCCUAAUGGCCGAGUCAGAGACUGACUGUGACACACCAGGUCUCGAUACAUUGGGAUCUGAGUGUGUCAUAGCCCAUACGCAAGUCGGCGACUUGCAUUAUGGAGCGGAGACUGAGAUUAUGACUCAAGAGGACAAAAGACUUGACUUGGAGGCUAUUCAUGGUGAUUUAGGGGCAGUGACAUGCGUGGAUGUGGUAACGGAGACAGACCAUGACUAUAUUAAAUCUGAAAUCCACCACGAUCAUCAUCAUUACUUCAGCAGUGCAGAAAUCAAAGGCAAUGAGCAUUUGCUCGGUGAAGUGCUGUUAAAGACGGAGAUCGGUGGUGGAGAACAUAUUGUAAAGGUGGAGUCUGACCAUGGAGGGGAGCUUACAGUAGAGUCCGAGAAUGGCAUUAUCAUCCAUGAAGCUCAUGGCCUGCAAUGCAGUGAGUGUGGUGAGAUUUUUGGAUGUAUGUCUGAUCUGCACGAACACUUUGAAAUCCACAAAGCCACUCAUCCCUACAUUUGCAUCCACUGUGGUGAAAGCUUCGCUGUUGAAGCCAGCCUAAGAAGUCACAUGAGGAUUCACAUGAAAGAGAAAAGUUAUACCACUGGUCUUGAGAUGGUUGGUAAAGGAGUGAUUGAUGCAUUCAACUUGAAACCCCAUCAGAUGAUGCACUCUCCCGAAAAGCCGCACAGAUGUUCAGAGUGUGGCAAAAGCUUCGCUGCUGCCAUCACUCUCCGGGAACACAUGAAAAUGCAUUCGGAUGACAAACCCUACAAAUGCACCCAAUGUCGAAAAAGCUUUGUGCGCAGACGCCAUCUGAAAAAACAUCAAGAGCUGCAUGCCCAUGACAAGCCGUUCACCUGUCUUCAGUGUGGCAAAGGCUUUACGACGGCUUCCAAUCUCAAACAGCACCAGAAGACUCAUGCUGGUGAAAAGCCGCACAGAUGCACCCAGUGUGGAAAGUGUUUUGCGGCAGCAGCCACGCUUAGAGAGCAUCAGAGAAUCCACUCAGGGGAGAAGCCCUACAAGUGCACCCAGUGUCGGAAGAGCUUUGUCAGGAAACGCCACCUCAAGAAGCAUCAGCUGGUCCAUCAAGGUGGAAAGCCCUACCGCUGCUCUCAGUGCGACAAGGGAUUCAACCAUUCCUCUUCCUUGUCACGACACCACAAGGUUCACCUUGAGGCCAAGAUGUUUGCCCAGGCGGAUAAGGAUUUCCCCUUCGAUACUACGCUAAAGAGGGGAAUGCACACAGGUGAAAAGCCAUACAGCUGCAACCAUUGUGAGAAGAGCUUCAAUCACUCGUCAUCACUAUCCAGGCAUCAGAGGACUCAUUCUGAUGGAAAGUCCUACACCUGUGCUCAGUGUGGGAAAAGGUUCAAUCAUCCCUCUUCUCUCGCAAGGCACCAGCGGGUUCAUUUGGAGGAUAAGUCAACUUACAGUGCUAUUGCAACAGGAAAGGGAUUCCCCCACACUACCAUCUUGAAACAGAGAAUCCUUCAGAGUGAGAAACCAUAUAGGUGCGCUCAGUGUGGAAAGGGUUUCAAUCAUUCGUCUUCUCUGUCUAGGCAUCACAGAACUCAUAUUGAUCAGUAAGCCUGCUUUCCUCUCCCUCAAGUGGUGUGCUACCAUUCAUCCCAUGAUUCAGGCCAGCUUGUAAAAGAGUUUGGCAAAAGAUGCAAGAAAAUCCAGAAAGUCGGCGUGGACCUGCUCUGAGGGAACUUACAAAAUCAAGCCCUUUGACACUUUAAGAGCAAAUAAUUUAAAUUUGGUAUGAUUGACACUGAAAUCCCCUGUGUAAUGUGCACAUGACUAGAUGCAUACAUGUCAUUCUGGAACAUGGCGUGUGAUUAAAACUUAAAACGUAGACAAAACUUCCAUUAUCACUGACUUUUGCUUUAAGAUGGAAGUUUAUUGAAGCCUGGCACAAUCUUGAACUAGAAUUAGGUCAAGUUGGUUUUGAAUGGUAGAUAAUUAAGCAAAUGGGUCUAGACACAACUUUUCACUCCCCUAGUUUGUAUCUUUUACCCAUCUCUGUAUCAUUCAUUGAUUGAGAAACUCAUAUCACGUGUAAAUAUUUGUUGAUUUCCUUUUAUAUAGAUGUAUAGGUGAGUAGUGUGCUGUUCUUUUCUGGGAAAAAAAAGAGAAUUUUUGAUGUAUGAUCCAGUUAGGCUUAUCCAUCUCUUGUAGGUGCAGUGGAAUGGUGAUUUUAGGGGAUGACACUAGUUUUGAAAAAGCUGUUCUUAAAGGCUAUAUUAAUUAUCAUAAACCCUUCAUGAUACAAACCUACAAAAUCCUACAACCUAAAACAACUUGUUAACUUGACUAACUCUUGGAAAUUUGCUCGAGAGCAGUACAAAAAGUGAGGGGCGUGAAAUGUUUUAACAUCAAGUUGAUCAUUAAAAGGUCAACCCAACAAAAUCAGAUAAUGUAUGCAUUCUGUUGGGAGGUUCGGUUCACUUUUCAUGUUGCUAGUUUCCAACACAACUGAGUUGUACAGCUGAUUUUGUUAUAUUAUACGGACCUGGUACAGCCUAAGCAUUCCCCUAAAUGUCUUCAGUGGUUCUCCCAGCUAUCCACCUGCUACCAUGACUGACUGUGCAUUGAAGAUUUUCCCAGUCAUCUCUCCAGUGAGAUAGCAAAGUAAAGCAUUUAGUUGUAUUCUGGAUACAUUUAGCAGAGUAUCAACAUUUAUUAAUAAUAAUAAUUAUAGAUUGUGUAUACUUUAAUGCGAAUACAAAAUAUAGCUUGCUUUUUUGAAAUUUGAUUUGUCCCCCCCUCCCCUUAAUUCCAUGGGUUUGUUUUCUAUUUACAGUUCUGUGUAUGGAGAAAAUCUUUUACAAACGGAUGUAUUUUUUAAAUAAGGUUUGGUUAAUAUAAAGGGAAAUGAAAGGAAUACUGAUUUUAUGGGAGUGAACGUUGUAUCAGAACUAUUCUCUUUCUUUUCCAUUGGAUAACAAUUGUGCUUUAUUACGUAGCAUAGGUUUAUUCAUCGUGUUAGUUAGGUGCCUUAUUGCAUGCCAUGUAGAAAUGUAUGCUGAGCUGUAAUAGAAAAAAUAAGGUUUUGGCUCCUGCUCCCUGUUUGUUUCUUCACAUACUAAUCAAUGUUUUAAUUUGACUUUUUUUUUUUUUUGCUUCUCUGUAAAUGGACGAUUACACUUGUCUUUUAAUUUACUUGUCAGUCAACAAGCCUCUUUGUAGAAUAGAGGUUAAAGAUAGUUACAGUACCAUUGAUCCAUAUGUUGCUUGCCCUCUAUAGUGGUCAAUUCUGGUCCUAUUUGUCUAUUCCCCCAUCUUUGAGUGGCUCACAUAUAUGGAUAAAUAAAGGUUGUUGACUAUCAACAAGCUCAUACAGUGUUCUUAUAGUACCUUCCUGCUUUUGUCAAGGUUUGUUGUGUGUAGUGUAUUUAAACCUUGUAAAAAAAUUAUUUAUCAUGUUGAAGAAGACCCAUUAUUGGUGAUUCAAUUUUACAUUUAAUCUGCGGGAUUGUUAAAAUUUGAAGGUCGGAUUAUAUUAAAAAGAGUAAUCACUGAGGUUAUCUUUGUUGCAAAGUGAACAGGAAAUCAAAGUUUCUGACAGAAGUGACCUUCCGUUAGAUGUGUGUGCAGGGCCAUCUGCCGGUAGCUCAUAUUUAUGGUUCUGUGUGCCCUUCUUCUAGGUUUAAAAAUGUUUUGUUUCCAGUGGUUUAUUGGAAGAUUACAUGUGUACAUAUUUUCUUAACUGCUACAGUAAGACUUGUUUUCAACAUGAGUUUUUUUGUUUUGUUUCAGUUACACGUUUACUAUGUUGUUGGUAAUUAUAUUAUAAUGUUUACUGUAGAUUUUGUAAUGUAAAUGUCAGUUUAAACAAUUCAUGGUAGAUUAUGAAUUGCAUAGGAAGUUAUUUUCUUUAUGAAUUAAUUUAUUUUUAAACUGUUCAUUUUAAAUGUUUCUUAUUUUUUUUCUAUUUAAUUUGGAUGUUUAGGAAAUGAAUGAUUAAUCGUUACUUAUCUAUGUAUCUUCAGCCAAAAUUCCUCAUUGUUUAAAACCCACAGUGUUAGUUCCUCGUAUUCAAUGACCUCAAACAAGGCGGUCAAGAUUAUUUUUUUUCACUAUUAAUUCUUUUUAUAUUGGGGCUAGACAAUAGUGCACAAAAGUAAGUUUUCUGAAUUUACAUUUCUUAGUUACUGUUAAAUAUCUAUUUCUUUAUUUUAUUUUUUUUUAACUGAAGAUUAAUGAACAUCUGCACUACUCCUGCAUGGGAAGAAAACUCUGCUACAUACCAUCCAGUAUUCCUACCUUAGAACUAUGGAUAUAAGUUUACAUUUUUUUGAAUGCUUGAAGACCGUUUUCUCUUUUUAUGCAAGCCAUUGAUCUGUCAAGGUAAGAAAUGUUAUCAUCUAAAUAUGUUGUAUAAUGUGUUGAUAAAUUAUAUUAAAUGUAUGUAUUUGCUUUCAGAUGCCACAUCAAGCGCAUCACUUUUUACAAUGAAGAAUUUGACUACUUUGAUUCUUUCUGGAAAUCCUAUUACAUAUUUUGGACCUGAAUGCUUGAAUUCUUUAUAUAAUCUUCAAAGACUAGUUCUUGUGGAUGUUGGUCUCUCAUCAUUACAGCUUCAAAUAAAUAACCUAACCAAGCUGCAGGAGCUUAGAGUUGGGACAAAUAACA